GCUUGGUGGACUCCUGAUUCCCUACGGCUGGCAAGUCGUCGGAGCCUCCCCUCUGCUGUGGGGCUUUGCUGACAUCACGGCUGCCCGCCUUCGGGCUGGCACCUGGGAGGUUGCUGCAAUCACGUUCUUGGGGGGCCUGACGUGGUGCCUCUGCAUGUUUCCUUUCAUCUUCCAGUCGUCACUGCUACUGGCCAAAUAUUUUCGCAAGAAGGCGCCGACGAUCUGGCAAGACAGGCUGAAGAGUAUUGGAGUGGCGUCGAUUCUGACCUUCCUCUCCUUCUUUGCAACCUGGACGUCGCUGUUUGUGGAUGUUCUUCUGCCCGCAGUUAUUUGGUUGUGUGCUGUAGUGCUACUUUCUGGGUGCUGUUGGUUUGCCAUUCGCCAUUUGGCCAAGCGAAUGGAGAAGACACAGGACGUUCCACGACCAGACCGGCCAAAAUGCGAUGCUACAAGUAUCGUCAUUCAUACAUGA